AUCUUGCUGCUGCUUUCAGUUUACAUACACGACAGUGAGUAAGCCAUCCCAGAGAAACUAUAGGAGCUAGCUAGCUAUGGCUUCCAACGCGAGCUUGUUGGCCGUGAUCAUCUUGGCGUGCGCGCUCCUCUCCAGCAGCACGAGCCACGGUGCACGCAACUUGGCUGACACGACCCCUGGCCUCCCGGCAGUGCCACCGAUGCCGGCCGUGACCAUGCCGACCGUCGUGCCGCAGGUGACAUUGCCGCCUAUGGGUGCCGUUCCUUCCGUGCCCAAGGUGAUGAUGCCACCGAUGCCCGCCAUCGUCGUGCCCAACGUGACCAUGGCGCCGAUGCCCACAAUCGCCGUACCCAAGGUGAUGAUGCCACCGAUGCCCGCCAUUGUUGUUCCCAAGGUGACGAUGCCGCAGAUACCUGCUAUCCCGAGCAUCAACGUACCUACGCCGUUCUUGGCGCCGCCCCCCUCUGCAUAGGCACAUCUCCACGCCUACGGUGGUGGUGCGUUGUCCGUGUCGACGGUUGGACGCUCUUCAUGUUGCAGUGAUGCUAGAUCGCUCGGUUGCCACGGCAGAGUAUUUGUUUCCGCGAUGUAGUACAUGCCACGUGUAAAUGUCUGUUGAUAUUCUCUUUUACGUCGGCGCAUAUAUUACUAGUUUGUUUUGAUUGUUGAGGCUGCCCGUUAAAUGUAUGUGAUAUUCCUGUAUGUUAC